AUGACAGAUAUUGAUAGUACUGUAUGCCCUGGCGAGGCCCGGCUGUUGCUACGCCGAAACGGCACCGCAGAGGCUAUGCAAAGGUUUAAUUUAAAUGAAUUUGAAAAAGUAAAGAAUUUUAUUAAAACGCUUUCAUUUGCACCACUUCAUCACAAAACAUUCUUUGUUCCAUCAGUGGCAGAAUUAUAUGAUGAUGAUGAUGAAUCCUACAAUACCGAUGCGGUUAACAAGAGUAAUGGGCCUACUGAUGUUGCAUGGCUCGAUAUUGAAACGGAUAACGAAGCCGAUCUUAACAAGGUUCUCUCUUUUUUUCCUCUUCAUUCGUCUACGAAACAAGACGUAAGGGAGAGAAAAAAUAGUACUGAACGUGCUGAGAUAUUUCCAUCUUGUGGAUAUGUUUGUAUUAAUAUUGCUGCCAAACAGGAUAGUACAAAUGUCAUAGGUCUUGAGGAAGACGAAACUGUGAUGGUUUCUAUAAUCGCUUUUGAUCAAUUUUUACUUACAAUUCACCGUAAACCAUUUAAAGGAAAGGAAGAGCUCAUGGCACAGAUGGAAUCAUUAUUAUCUUCUUCAACCUCAGAUUCAGAACCUGUUUCCGUUUUUGUAUGUUCCCUCAUUAGCAGUUUUGUGAAGGAGUAUCAGAAGGAACCAUCAUCCAUACUUGUUGAUGUCGAUAGCGUGAAUGAGUUGGUACUUCAAAUUCAACCUUCACGCUGCGAUCAGAUGGAUUUGUUGCGACGCAUUGAGGCUCUGCGCCACAGACUCUCUUAUUUACAAGCCGCUUUUUUGGCUAAAGAGUCAUUACUACAACAACUUAUACUUCCAGUGAUGAGACGUAUUUUUAUUGCGGCUGAACCCAGUGUUGUUGGUCGUUAUCAGAGAUUACUCUCUGGACUGUUGCUUUCUAUUGAACGUUUACGCAAAGGCCGUGAUGUGCUCAAUCUUUCCAGCAUGAGUCUUGUUGGUGGUGUCUCCAUGCGGUUACUGCAGCAUUGCCAUUGGAUGGAUUUUCUCAAUAAUGUGAUGACGCAGAUGUCGUUAGUGACGAUGCCCAUUUGCAUCAUUCCCGGUCUCUUCACGAUGAAUGUGCGGGUGCCGUUUGAGGAGAGUGAAGGUCUAACGGCAUUUCUCGGCAUCGCCGCCGUGACGGCCCUCAUCUUCGCUGCGGGAAUGGCCUAUCCAACCUAUGUGUACUUCCGGUAUAAGCCGCCGGGCGCUCUCGUGCCGCCUUCACUCUCGUAG